AUGAAAUUUAAAGAUGCAAUUUUGGCUCCAAUAAAGCACUUCAAUGUGCCAGAUGUCAAAACGCCAUUAUCCACAAUACCAAUUCCUCCUCUUUUCGUUUGCAUGGCAAUUGUUUGCGUCUCAUUCUUUGUUAUCAUUGGAGGUUUCAUUUAUUGCAUAAUUCGCGAUGUGGAAUUCAUUUCUGCAGCAAGAGGACCUGAUGGAAAAGUAGUUCCUGUUGUAAUUGCAGGUGGAUAUACGCAGACUGGAAUAGAAUCUUUUAUUGUUGGUGCAAUUUUUACAAUUGGCGGAAUUGCCCUUACAUCAGGAUUCAGAUUUUUGCAUGAUCGUAACCAAUCCAAGAAAGUUAAAAAGCAAGACGAUUUAGAUUUUAAUGGCAUAUUUGGUUUGACUGCAUUAAUGUUUAUAUUCUUAAUGUACUUGAUCUUUGUAUCAAAGAUGGGAACGAACGUUCUCAGAUUUACAUCAAGAUAA